GCGUUAUUGGGUCUUGAUUUAACUAACCAUCCAGCUAUGUUUUCUUUGCGUAAUGAAGUGGUUUUGAAGCUCACGGGCUAGUACUUUGGUUUUGAAGCCCAUGAGUCUCCACGUUUCACUUUGCGUGCCCGUAUGGAGGUGCCAAGUGUCCCUUCUUAAAUCGGAAUAGCCUAGAAACAACCGACCUAUCUCAUUACUAGGAAUUUUAAGAAGCCAGAUUGGUCCCAUGAAACUGCUCAAAAUCUGCCACGACUUCACCUACAUGCAAACCAAUAUGCCUCGUGUUCUUUUCGAUCGGCCACUUGUCCUGAUGUCAUAGGAUAUGUCUGGCUGCCAAAACACCCUAAUUGGUUGUAAGAAACUUAAAUUGGCUACAUGAAGCAAUCUUCCAAACGCUAUAAAAUAAGCCACCCAGAAAAAGAAAUUGCUCAUAUGCCCAUCGCCUUUGUAUGUCCUCAAGUCCUUGCUCAAAACCAGCUUUCAAGCGAUCUUGGACUUGACCAUUUUGACAGUGUUUCUACAUGUACUUGCAUUUCCUUUGACAAUGGAUUGGUCUCCAGAAGAUGCCAUGAAAGCUUACCUACACACCAUUCAGCUGUGUAAGAUACACGACUGUACCCUUGGACUUGGAACCAGUACAAGAUUGAUUGAACCCAAAUAUGUGGAGCUUAUAUCAGCUUUGGCAGCUGGAAAGGGGGCCAAACUAAUGGUGGAAAUCACCUCAAAUGGCAUAUCUCCAUUAACACUAGCACUAGCUGUUGCUGCCAAACAAACGGGUGGGCGACUUGUUUGUAUUAUUCAUGACGAUCAUGAUAUCGAGAAAAGCAAGGCUCGGCUUACAGAGAAUGAUCUUGAAGACACGAUCGACUUUGUGUAUGGGAAUCCUUGUGAAGUGAUAAACAGAUACAAGAGCAUUGAUUUUGCAGUUAUCGACUGCAAACUUGAAGAUCACAUCAAGUUAUUCAAGACUAUAAACCUUAAUCCAAGUGGGUCGAUAGUGGCAGUAAGCAAUCUACAACAUAGAAGAGAUGGAAGAAUAUCAUUUGCUGAAGUUCUGAAGGGGAGGAAUAUCGGUGUAAAAUCUGUUACUCUUCCUAUAGGAGAAGGAGUGGAGUUGACAAGAAUCGGGUCAACCGGUAAACGCGAAACUGGGAGAUCAUACAAAAGAUUUCAUGUAAUAUUUGAGAAUUGAAAGAAAUCUCAUGACGACAGAUUUGCAAGGUCAGAAAAGGAAAAUGGAAAGAUUGUUACGUUUCUGCAGUGAAUUAUAUUACUAGGAAGAGUCUUCCUUACCCAUGUAUAUAUCACACAAGAAAAUUAGUGUGAGAUUUAUGACAAAUAAUAUAUAUAUUAU